AUGUCUGUAAUCGAACUUGGAGAGUCCGUACCUGCCUUGACACCACAUGCCACAAGUGUUUCAUUACCAACGUGGAAGGACAAUGUUGGUUACGAAGAGGGCGACCAAAGGGUUUUGGGGAAGAUGACCACUGGAUAUCCUCGAUUCUUCAUUCACAAACUAAUCGUUGCAUUCGCCGAUGAUAUUGUCAAAGCAUAUGGCAGUCAAAACGAGCAGGCAAUGCUCUUUCCGUCGCCUAAGACUGCUAGGAGUUGUGUGGCGUUUAUGCUUUCAAGAGACAAGUCGAUAUCUCCAAAUCAGCUUAGUGUAAUCGACUUAGUCCUUGAGCGUAAUCAAACCUCAUCAGAAGUCCUCACCAAGAUUUCGCCUUCCAUUUCCGCUGUUUUGUUCGCCAAAGAAUUGUUCCCGAUUGCGAAGCAAUACUGGCAGCAUUCUGGAGACGGUGUUUCUAGCAGAAGAGCUGAAUUUUGCCACACUCUCUUCCAAGAAGGAUUGCUAGUGAAAAAGACAAGUCCGCCAAGUCCUCAAGAUGGUGGUAAGCUAUGUAAAGGUCCCAGAAGAUACCAGAAAGGCUCUAUAGACAAGACAUCUAGAAGCCAUAACGGCUCAGGUGGUGGCGACAGCCAUCACUCCCCUAUCUCGCCGAUAAACUCUGAGGCUCGGGAAAGCUCGCAGUUCCUAGAGGAGCGUUUUGGUCGAAAUCUUGAUGUUUCUUUCGUGGACAACGCAAGAUCAGCAAUUCGCCGUCGGAUCGCAGGUUCAUUGGUUGGUGAAGUUGAUUUGUCUGAGACUCCGAGCACAGAUAUGGCCUCUAAUAUGCGUGGAGUUGCCGAGCUUUCCGAGGACGAUGUUUACCUUUAUCCUUGCGGCAUGAACUCGAUUUAUAAUGCCCACCAGAUGCUAUUGAAAACCAGAGGUUCUUUGAAAAGCAUAUCUUUCGGGUUCCCGUAUGUCGAUACUCUCAAAAUUCUGGAAAAAUUUGGUCCCGGCUGCAACUUUUACGGCAACGGCUCUUCCGAAGAUUUAGAUGAUUUAGAGAGAAGACUGAAAGCAGGAGAGAAAUAUCUCGCACUAUUUUGUGAAUUUCCAGGAAACCCAAUGCUAAAUUGUCCAGAUCUAAAGCGAAUCCGGGCAUUGGCAGAUGAAUACGACUUUGCUGUGGUGGUUGAUGAGACCAUUGGAAAUUUUAUCAAUGUUCACGUUCUACCAUUUGCAGACAUAGUCGUCAGCAGUCUCACGAAAAUCUUCUCGGGAGAAUGCAACGUCAUGGGCGGAAGUGCCAUCUUUAACACUGGUGGAAAGUACUAUCAAUCCUUGAAGUCUGUAGCUAAAACAGAAUAUGAAGAUAACUACUGGGCCGAAGAUGUUAUGUUCAUGGAACGAAACAGUCGUCACUUUGUAUCUCGUAUUGAAAAAAUCAACGAUAACGCUGAAGUUAUCUGUGAUAUACUUCGAAACCAUCCAUUGGUAAAGUCGGUUUACUACCCCAAAUACAACGCCUCGAGAACUUUCUACGAUGAUUGUCGUACACCGAGCGGAGGAUAUGGUGGGCUUCUUUCAUUUACCUUUAAAGAGAUGCCUCAAGCAGUCGCAUUCUAUGACAAGAUUGAAACUGCGAAAGGCCCAAGUCUGGGAACCAACUUCACAUUAACUUCACCUUAUGUGAUCCUAGCUCAUUACCUGGAACUAGAUUGGGCGGCGCAAUUUGGUGUACCUGCGGAACUCAUUCGGAUCAGUGUUGGUCUUGAGGAUGCUAGCGAUCUGAAAGCGAGGUUUGCGAUGGCAUUGAAAGCAGCAGAAGAUGCGACUGCUUGA